CUGGCGCCAGUACAAACACAUACGUUCAAAUUAUCCAUAUACGUUCAUACACUAAAAGUUCGCUGCCGACUGCAGUACAGUGACAUGAGCGUGACCUUGUCGUCACGGCAGAGACUGGCCCGCUGCUGCAUGUUAUGAAGCUAGCAGCAUUUCUAGCUGUGCUCCCGCUGCUGGGAGGGCUGGGAGCCGCGGCGACUCCGUUCCCAGCGGAACACGCGGGCUUGCUCGACGACGCUUCAAACAGCACCGAACAUGUCCAUGUACAUAGUGGAUAUGAGCUGGCGCAGGCUCUACAGGCAGGAGCCACGCAGAUAGCGGUGGCCGAACGGUACAUUCUCCUAUCUGACGACUGCUUUGCGAACAUGACAACACUGCCCAUAGCAAUCAACCAGAACACAACGAUAUUCGGCGCGCCUGAGCUCCCGGAGGUCAUCGUUCAGAUAUCGGCCCGGGGACAGAUAAGCCUGGGGCCACGUAUCACGCUUACCUUUCUUGACAUCAUGCUUGAAACCCCGCCAAAGGAGUUAUUCCUGCAGCAACCAGGCCUGUCCCUGAUCCACGCCUCCCCCGCGCAGCAGGGCGCCCGCCUGGUGCUGGUGGACGUGGUGCUGUGGGGGCCGCUGUGCUUCAACGCCUCGGACAGACCGCCGGAGAGCGCACGGCCCGUGCCGCGGCCGGCCAGCGAGCCCGGGGUGCAGAACUACACUGAGAGUGUGCCUCAGACCGGCUGCGUCAACAGCACCGCGGCGCUGGUGCUGCAGCGCUGCUGGGCGGACCGCUCAGCCUGGAAUGACUUCGCUUUUGAGGGCCGAUACGUGGACUCGCUGGGCACCCAGCGGCCCAACAACUACACAGUGCGGGUGCUCAACAUGACGCUGCUGUGCCGCCGCAUGCUGACGUCCGAGUGUGUGGCCAUCAACGGAGGCGCCUUCGGCUGCUACCUUCACGAGAUCAGCAACGGCACGCUGCCCCCCCUGGACCUGGGUCAGGUCACAGUGGUGGCGCCCAGGCCGACAAGGCCCGAUGGCAGCAGCGGCAGCAGCGAUGGACCAGACACACUGGCCAUCGUGCUUGGGUGUGUGCUUGGAGGGGUUGGGCUGUUGUCGGCGGUCGGGCUGGCGGUGUGGUGGCGCCACAGGUCGCAGCAGCAGCGGCGGCGGCAGCAGCAAGCGCAGCAGCAGCAGGGCCAGGCGAAACACCAGGGCGGCACGGGGGCGGCCGUGGUGCAUGUCGGCAUCGGCGGCAGCGGCAGCGGCGGUGCGGCCAGCUGGCUGCGUGUCAGCGCCAGCAGCGGCGGCAAGGGCGCGGCGCUGUCCCAGGGCGUGUCGGCGGACAUGUCGGCAAGCGGGCCGCUCAUGUCGGGCACCAGUGCAGGCGGCCACACCACACCGCCGCACAGCGGUCGCGGCAUGACCAUGGGGGCGGGCGCGGCUGCUGGCGGCGGCUCGGGGAUGGGCGGGGGCAUGGGUGCGGGGCCGGGCAUGGGUCUGGCGUGCAGCAGUGAGGGCGCUCUGGAGCAGCAGCUGCAGUCCACCACCUGCACCGCCACACACACCAGCGGCGCGGGCGAUUCCAAUCGCUCCACGCUGAUGCUGCCGCUGGGCACCUGCAUAGCGCCACUGCCGGCCAGCAGCCCUCAGGGGCCGGCAGGCGGAGGCGGUGGAGGCGGAGGCGGAGCCGGUGGCAGCGGGCCGAGCUUCCCGCACAUCCACGUGCAGGACCUGGCCGCCCAGCGCCGUAGCCCCGGGUCCACACACGACCCCACCGGCGCCACAGACGUGGUGGUUGCAGCAACGCCCUACCAGCCCUCCCUGGUGCUGCAGUUGCAGGUGGACGAGUCGGGGCUGGGGGCAGCAGGGGCAGACGAGGCCUCAGCAGCCGCCUCCGCCGCCUUUGGCGCCUGGGGCUACAGCUCCCACAUGGGUGCCGCCAGCUCCGUGCCCGGCUCGGCCCUGGCGCCGCCGCACCACCUGCUGCACCAUGCGCAGGCGCUGCACCAACCCCAGCACCAACCCCAGCACCAUCACCAGCAGGUGACGUCGGGGGGUGCGCUGCGCAACAGCGACGGCGGCACGCUCCCGGCCGAAGUGAUGAUGGGGGCGCCGGGGGCGCCAGCCGCCCGCCCGGCCAUGGUGAACGGCGUUGUGGGCGGGGCGGCCGGCGGGGGCGGGGGCGGGGGCGCCUCUCAGCUGGCGUCCCUGGCUGCCGGUGCGGCGGCGCCGGCGGCGGCUGGCGGGCGCGUUUCCAGGGGCAGCACCACUGGGCUGGUGGACGCCGGUGUGGGCGGCGCGUCGGGCUCCGGGGCUUGGGACGCGUCGUGGCUUGGCGGCGGGACGAGCUCGGGCGGCAUCGCGGCGGCGAAUGCAACGCAUCCGUCCGCGCCCAGUCCCGGUCCGGGCGCGGGUGGUGCCGGCGGCGCUGUCGCCACUACUGGUGCGGGCAGCUCGGACGUGGUGACGCUGCUGCCGGUGGUGCGGGGGCGCGGCGCGUUCGGGCGGGUGACGGAGGGCCUGUGGCGCGGCCAGCGCGUGGCGGUGAAGCAGAUGCUGGGUGUCAACGACGGCGCGGCGGCGGGGCAGUCGGAUCUGGCCAAGUCGUUCAAGCAGGAGGUGGAGGUCCUCGGGAGGUGCGCUCACCCCAACGUGGUCAAGUUGUUUGCGGCCUCGCUGGAGCCGCCGCGGCUGUGCCUGGUGAUGGAGCUGUGUGAGACCAGCCUGGAGCGACUGCUGUUUGGGACGGGGCCGGAGCCGGAGCCGGUGCCGCUGGGCAAGGUGCUGCACAUCGCCAUGCAGAUCUGCCAGGGCCUCGCCUACCUGCACCCCACCAUCGUGCACAGGGACCUCAAGCCGGCCAACGUGCUCAUCAACAGCCCCGCCAGUGACCGACCCACCGCCAAGCUCACGGACUUCGGUCUGGCCCGCAUGCGCGCCGCCACACUGCCCACCAUGGAGCCCGAGGCCGGCACGACCGCCUACCUGGCGCCCGAGUGCUUCGACGUGGAGAACGCGGUCAUCACACACCAGGCUGACAUGUACUCCCUGGGUGUGGUGCUGUGGACCAUGCUGGCGGCGCGGGAGCCCUGGAAGGACCAGUCGCUGGUGGCGGUGGCGUUCAGGGUGUCGCAGGGGCAGCGCCUGCCGCUGGACACACUGGGGCCGGAGCGCUGCCCGCCCAAGCUGCGGCGCCUGAUCGAGUCACUGUGGGAUCAUGACCCACUAAGGCGGCCCGCGGCGGCUGAGGUGCUCAAGCUGCUGGUCGUAAUCCAGGAGCAGCUGGAGAACGCUGGCGGCCGCACUGGCGGCAUAGGCACCGCUGCAGCCUUGCUGGGCCGCACCGCGGGGGGCUCCGGGCCGCCCGGCCACAUGCACACGCCGUCGGCCCCGAGCGACGCCAUGUCGCCCGCCCCCGCCCGCGCCCUGUCCAGUGCCGCCAGCCUGCCGCUGACGGGCGGCGCCACGGGGCCUGAGCCGGCGCAGCACCAGGGGCCGGGGCAGGGGCCGCCGGACGGGCCCCGUGUUCUGGCGGGGCCGCAGGAGCAGCUGCAGAUGGAGGCAGCUGCGGCGGUUGCGGCGACGGAGAAGCGGGGCAGCGCACAGGCCGCAGCCGCAGCUACAGCAGCGGUGGAAGCGGCGGACGCAGAAACAGGGGGGGGCGCAUAGGAGGCAUAGGAGCUAGGGAAGAGCAAGUAUCCAACUCGUAGGGGUAUGCCUUGCUGUGCUCAUCAUCAUUUGCCGGGCAUGAUUUACCUUGCAGUGGGUUGAUGCCGGUGGCGACUGACCUGACUGACCAUGGGCAUGUAUGAAAGCUAUGAAAGCCGACGUCCGGUUCUUGAGCGUACGGAUGACAGGGCUGAUGUGAAAGGUACUGCAGGUUGAGAUUUAAGUACUGCGUCUGUACUGCAUAGACUGCGAUGGGCUGCUGGCGAGCAAGCAAGUGCCUUUGCUGCAUGCCGACAUACGCCUCGGCAUGUCGGCCCAUGAACGGGUCGGAGGCCGAGGCACGCGCUGUAGCACCAGCACCACCUGCAGCACAUGUUGAUUUCUAGUCUUGGAGCACUGUGGUGAUACAAGCUGGUACAGUGCCCUCCAAAGGUGCGACAUGCCCCCACGGUAAUAGGAGUGCGCGCGAAUGGUAAGCAUUGCAUGA